AUGCCAUCCCCACGUCUCGUCAUCACCUAUACCAUCUCCCAGUAUAAACACCCACUACACCAUCCCCACGUCUCGCCACCCACUGUACCACCCCCAGUCUCGUUUCCCACUAUACCAUUCCCCAGUUUCGUCACCCACUGUACCACCCCCCAGUCUCGACACCCACUUUUCAAUCCCCCAGUCUCGUCAUCCACUAUACCAUUCCCCAGUCUCGUCACCCACUAUACCAUUCCCCAGUCUCGUCACCCACUUUACCAUCCCCCAGUCUCAUCACCCACUAUACCAUCCCCAGUCUCGUCUUCAACUAUACCUACUCCCAUCUUGUCACCCAAUUUACCAUCCCCCAGUCUCAUCUCAUCACCCACUAUACCAUUCCCAGUUUCGUCACCCACUUUACCACCUCCCAGUAUCAACACCUACUUUACCAUCCCCACGCCUCGUCAACCACUAUACCAUUUCCACAGUCUCUCUCGUCAGCCACUACAUUAUUACCCGAGUCUCGUCACCCUCUAUACCAUCCCUCAGUCUCGUCACCCACUUCACCAUCCCCACAAUCUCGUCACCCACUAUAUCAUUCCCCCAGUCUCGUCACCCACUAUUCCAUUCAAACAGUCUCGUCACCCACUAUACCAUCCCAACAAUCUCGUCACCCACUAUAUCAUUCCCUCACUCUCGUCAACCACUAUACCAUUCUCCAGUCUCGUCACCCAUUUCUCCUCACCCACUAUACCAUUCCCCAGCAUCUUCACCCGCGAAACCAUUCUCCAGUCUCUUCGACAUCUAUACCAUUCCCCAGUCUCUUCACACACACAAUACCACCACCCUAGUCUCGUCACUCACUAUACCAUCCCCCCAGUCUCGUCACCCACUUUACCAUCCCCCAGUUUCUUCAACAACUAUACCAUUCCCAAGUCUCGUUUCCCACUUUACCAUUCACACAGUCUCGUCACCCACAAUACCACCACCCCAUUUUCGUCACCCACUUUGCCAUCCACAAUGUCUCUUUUCCCACUAUACCAUUCCCCAGUAUCGUCAGUCACUGUACCAAUCCACAGUCUUGCCACACACCAUAGCAUCCCCAAGAAUCGUCACCCACUAUACCAUUCCCAAGUCUCUUCACCCACUAUAUUCCCAACUCUCGUCACCCACUAUACCAACCCCCAAGUUUUUCCAGCCACUAAAUCAUUCCCCAGUCUCGUCGACCACUAUACCAUCCCCUUGUAUCGUCACACACUAUACCAUCCUCCAGUCGCAUUAUCCAAUUUACUAUUCCCCGAGUCUCGCCACCAACUAUACCAUUUACCCAGUCUCGUCAACCACUAUACCACCAUCAGUCUUUUCACCCACUUUACCGUCCACUAUCUCGUCACCCACUUUACAAUCCCCAAGUCUCGUCACCCACUAUACCAUUCCGACAAUCUCGUCACCAGCAAUACCAUCCCCCAGUCUAGUCACCCACUAUACAAUCCACCAUAUCUUGUCACCAACUAUACCAUUCACCCAGUCAGUAUUCUCUCAGCAACAAUCCUACAGAAUGCCCCGGAAUCCCCUGAAUGCCCCGUCAACCCCCGGAAUGCCCCCGCAAUACCUGAAAUGCUUCCGCAAUCCCCGAAGUACCACUGCAAUCCCCAAAAUGACCCUGCAUUCCCGAAACGCCAACUGCAAUCCCAAGAACGCUUCUACAAUCCCCGGAACGCCCUCGCAAUCCCAGGAAUGCCCCCGCGAUCCCCGGAAUGCCCACGCAAUCUCCGGAAUGCCCCAGCGAUCCCCGGAAUGCCCUAG